GAGGAAUAUUCUGAACACUACAGGUAUCCAGAGGUGCUAAAGACAAACUUUUCUGUACAUUAUUUAAAUAAAUAAAUUUGAUAGGUAAUGUUAGAUUGAGAGUUGCAGCUUUGGGGUGCAGUGGGAGCUGCACCUCCCCCCUCCCGGAUCGCCUCCUUCCUGUGGGAGGGCGCUCUCCGCUCAGUAGUGAUCAAAGCGCGAGCUCUCCCCCCCCCAGUUCUCCCAGUUCACCUCCAGAGCCCCUCCACCCACUGCCAUCCCAGCAGACAUGGAUUUCUCCAUCCGAGCAGCGAACGUGGAGGACUGCAAGGACAUCGCGCGGAUGAUAGUGGAAUUAGCAGAGUAUGAGAAGAUGACUGAGCACGUGAAAAUCACCCAGAGAGAUCUGGAACAGGACGGCUUCUCCAAGAACCCCUUCUUUCACGGGAUCGUCGCUGAGGUGCCCGAACAGCUCAGAACCAAAGACGGUCACACGAAGAUCGGCUAUGCUCUGUACUUCUACUCCUACAGCUCGUGGGCCGGCAGAGCCGUUUACAUGGAGGACCUGUACGUGAUGCCAGAGUUUCGAGGAAAAGGCAUCGGGAAAGCGCUCAUGAGCAAAGUAGCUCAGCUGGGCCUCGCUGCCGGCUGCAACCAGCUGAACUUCACCGUCCUGGAUUGGAACCAGUCGUCCCGGGACUUCUACAUGAGCCAAGGCUGCUCGGACAUCACCACCAGCAUGGGCUAUCACUGCAUGCGCUGCGAGGGCGAGGCGCUGCAGCACCUGGCGCAGCCCUAGUCCAGGGCAUUAUCAGCCAUGAGGCAACCCCCCCAAAGUGGGCGGGGCUCUCUCUCUCUCCCUAUAAGUUAAUUGAUAAAAGCCAACCUAAAACCUGUGACAGAUUAAGAGAAUGAUCCUGAACCGUCACUUCUGUUCACCUCUCAUUUUUGUACAUGUUGACCUGAUGGUGUUGAACUUUGUCUUCCCUGCUGGACAACCCAGUGAACUGCACACACACUUGUGAGGUGAAGCAACCAUCACUUUUGAAAGACACACAGCUCCAAUGUGGCACCAAGAGUUCUCUGCAGCACAACUUUUUAUUCUAAUAAUUCAAACCACUUUUUACUCCACAAAAGCACAAACGGGAAAAACUCAUCGACUUUAUAAGAGAACUGGACCAAGCGAGUGUGACAUCACUCAUAGAAACUGACUUCUGUUUCCAGCAAAUUGAAGUCAAUUCAGCUGCUAAUGUUUCACAGUACGGACGUCGCCAUGUUGGUCUGAGUCGUUUCUAUGGCAACCACUCUCACCAAUAAGGAGAGAGCUUGUUGGGAGGCCACACCCCUUUCACUGAAAACAAGCUUGGGAGAAUCUUAUCACGUUCGACGUGAGACCACAUACUUUUAUUGAGGCCUCUGAUUGGUCAGUUUGAAUAUUUUUCACAAAAAUAUUUAAAAUUUAAAAGAACUUAAAAGAAAGUAUUAGAGCAGAAAUGGUCAACACUGAGUAACAGCUGUUUAUUUCUGAGUAAAAGUCUACGGGAUUUUGGGACUUCCUGUUUGGAAGCCCCUGACUAAUGGGGGGCGGGGUCACUCAGUCCAGUUCUCUAUAUACAGUCAAUUAAAAAACCUGAAAGUUAAUUAUUGGUGUUUUAUUUUGAAAAACCUUGUGGCUAUCUUUAGAUUUCAUUGAUAGAUUCCAGGUGAAGACAAGCACAGUCCUACUGUUUUUCUUUCUCCCUCGUCCAAUCAGCUGCUGAUCACCUGGAUCAGGUGUGCUCAGCCAAUCAGAAGAAGUGUGGGGAUUUUUUAAAAAAAGUGUCCUGUGUUCUCAAACCUUUAAGUGUUUAAUUUAUUCUUAUUUUAUUGUUGAGUGUUUUUUUUAUUGUUUAUGUCUAUUUAUUAUUAUGCAAUAGUGCAAAAAUACUAUUUCAGUUUUGUAAGUAAACUUCUCAAAUGACUGUUAAGGACAUAUUUAAAAUAAAAACCAAAAAAUAGAGCAAUAAAGAAAAAUCCACACAUGGAAUUUUUUUCUUUUUUGUAUAUUUAGCUGUCCAUUUUUAUUUAUUUAUUUUAAUUAAAAAACCUGUUAAAACGUUAAUGACCCACUUAAUCAAAAUAGUGUUUUUGGUGUUAUGAACAAGUUCUUGUGUCAUUAUUUUUAAUGAUUAAAGACAUAUAUUUUCCAAUAGUUUACAACAAAGGCAACUCCUAUUAAAAUAUUUCUACAAAUAUGGUUUUAAUUUAAAGAAAAUAUUAUGUUUUUGACAAUAAAGUAAAUUAAAUCAAUUUAAGCAGACAAAAACUUCAUAGGAGCUUUACGUAGGACAAAAGUUUCAAUCCCAGUGGUUAAAAGAUGAAGUUUAGGAGAAUUUUGGGCGUUCUUUCCCUUUAAAUAUGCUGCAGAGCCAAAAUAAAUGUUCUUCAAGGGACAAUCAGGGACUGAGGAGAAGUUCUUUGCACAUUUUUUUGACAUUUUCCUUUAUAUUCUUCAAUAAUGCAAUGAUUUCACCAAGCAUUAUUGAGAUUUGGAGCUUGAAUUAAAGAAAAUAAAACAGAAUAUUGUUUUGGAUUUUCUGGUUUUACUCAAAGAACAAAAAAGCUUUUCUCGUAGGAUAAUAGAAUUUUUUUCUUUUUUACUGCCAAAUUUGUGUUUUCUGUUUCUCCAGUUGGAAUUCCUGUUUAAAUGAGUUUACCGAAGGCUUCACAGAAGAAUUUUCUUUAUGUGAUUGCUCCAAUGUUUCAAUUUUAAACUGCAGAGACGUGUACUUUUGUUUUUUA